AUGGAUGACAACCAGGACAAUGACAGCAACCACAGACAGAAAUGGCAAAUGAUAACAACAACCACCAUGAAUGCACAUGGCAGUGGACAAGUCUAUAGAGUAAACCAGAUCGAGAACCGAAACAUGGAAGUGCAAGAAGGCAGACCUGCUGGUUGCACUGACGUGGCAAGACUGGCUGCUCAGGUGUCACUGAUGCACCUGAAAGUGACCAAUCACAACACCGUCAUCAAGAAGAAGGCUGAACAGUUUGACUCAACAGUGGUGGUUGAACAGCAUCGAUCACUGGACAGUGCAGACAGGCUGGUGCAGGAGGUACAGCCAGCAUGCAGUGCUUUGGUGGUUACAGCCAAGCUUGCACUUUUUGCCACUACAACUACUGAAAAAGAAUCUACACCACCACCACCACCACCACCACCACCACCACCACCACCACCACCACAUCUCUAG